AGGUGUACAAUAUGGUAAUAUAUAAUUACAAUGGAACGAUAUGCAGACAUGUACAUUUUGGUAAUAGCACAAUCAGUUCAAGUUUUACCUUGUAGACCAAUGUAUUUUUAUUAUUUGAUCAUUAAAUUUUUGAUUUUAAGAAUCAUGAACGGAAUUGCUGUUGUUAUCCUCGCCUUGUGUGCCGCAGCUAUGGCUGCACCAAGCCACCAUGGUCACCAUGGCAACCACCAUGGUCAUGGAUAUGGACAUGGUGAUGAGAACCGUGAUGGAGUUCCAGAUGCUCUUGAUGCUAACCGUGAUGGCAAAGUAGAUUCCUACGCUCACGGACACCACGCUCAUGGACACCAUGCUCACGGACACCACGCUCAUGGACACCACGCUCAUGGACAUCACGCUCAUGGACACCAUGCUCAUGGACACCACGCUCACGGACACCACGUAUACGCUGAUGAGAACCGUGAUGGAGUUCCAGAUGCUCUUGAUGCUAACCGUGAUGGCAAACUUGAACUACACAGGACCUUCCAGGGAUGCAUCUAA